AACAGGAACCAAGAGCUGUGCCUGCUGGAAAAGAUGCCAAAAUGCAUUUUUACCUUCAUUCGUCUUUCUGUGCUCUUACUCGGUUUCUCCAUUAUUUGUGUGGGAGUCCUUUGCGUUCCCACAAGCUCCUCCACAUGCAGAUGUGGAAAUAACGAACUGGUGUUUUAUUGCCUGUUAGCUCCGGGGGUCUUUCUCCUUGUGAUUGGCAUCUGCUGGAACACUUGCCACGAAGUUUUGAAGUACAGGGGCCCCUUCGGCGCCUCCAUUCGAAACCCCAGCCGCAGAGAGCUACGUGUCAGCACUAUAGACAGGCCUGACUUCUAUCCCCCCUCCUAUGAAGACAGCACAGAUCCUGAAAAACAGACCUUCCCACUGCCAGUUGCCCCUACUCUGAAAGAGCAAGAAGCCAUAAACAUCCCUCCACCUCCAUAUAGUGAAAGCAGUGCAGAGUUCAUCAGUGAAACUAAUGAGAAGGAGCAGCCACCACCUUAUGAGUUAUCUGUGGGGCAACUACAGCAGCAGCAAACAGCUGACCAAGACUCAAACACUGGAAGGGAGUCAGAAUCUCAUCCAUCCACACAAGAAAAGAGUUAACAACAAGAUACGAAUUGCCAGGGGACCUCAGAAAGAGCAACGCCUGUCCGAACAUGAGAGACUGGCAGUGGGUAAAAUUCUGUGAAGCAGGGAAAAUAGGAAGAAGAUGUGUCAGUGUUCCCUGACAGUACAUCACUUAGGGUGAAACUGCCUAGGAGAAGCCACUGAGGGUGAAACUGCCUAGGAGAAGCAUUGACCAUUUGUGUGUUCAAGUGGAGUUGGAGGGGAUAUAUACAAAGGUGCUCAGUGUCUCAAAGUAGAAUGAAUCUCUACAGAGAUAAAAACAGUAAGACUGUAUCUUAUAAAAGUCAACAUCCCUGGCAAUAUGAGUUUCUUAUGCUGCAAGAUAAAUGAAGUACCAUGCUGCCCUCGGUCUUAAGUGUCUUGUACCUCAUAAGGAGUGUUGGCUAGAAGUCCUUAUUUAUGGUUUUGUAACAUUAGCUGACUUGGGAAACUUAUGAACUCAGCUUUUGUUUGGAAUUUGUAAAUUGUUUGGUGUAACUGAUUAUUUUUGUAUCAUAUGCCUUUCAAGUUACUUGUUUGA